AUGUCUGGCCGUGGUAAAGGUGGUAAAGGUCUCGGAAAAGGCGGCGCAAAACGUCAUCGCAAGAUUCUUCGUGAUAAUAUUCAAGGAAUUACCAAACCUGCUAUUCGUCGUCUCGCACGCCGUGGGGGUGUAAAACGUAUUUCCGGCCUUAUCUACGAGGAAACUCGAGGUGUACUUAAAGUUUUUCUUGAAAACGUUAUCCGAGAUGCUGUUACGUAUACGGAACAUGCAAAACGCAAGACAGUUACUUCUCUCGACGUUGUAUACGCUCUUAAACGACAAGGACGUACUCUUUACGGUUUCGGAGGUUAA